AUGGACCGCUACAAAGAGGUGAAGCUUCUGCUGAAAGGCUGGGAGCAGGGGUUUGUCAAACAGCACCAGAGGAAACCUAACAAGGAGGACAUUGACCAAGCUCCAGAAGAGACCAGGAAGCUGUAUAAAGAGUAUCGCACUUUAAAACAAGCCAAAGAGAACAGCAGCAGUGAUGCAGCCAGCGAACACGCUGAACAGUCCAGAUCUACAGCUAAGUCAGACAGCUGGGGUGCCCAUCUGAAUCGUAGUAUGUUGCCGGUGUCUUCUCCUAGACUAACAUCCCAGGACAGAGACAGUCUUAAGGCCUCGGCCCAAUACUAUGGCCUAAAACUUAAAAACAACCUAGCCACACUCAGUAAGGAGAAACCUGUCUCACUGAAGAAAUCGGCCCUUCCUGGUCGUGUGCCUCUUAACUCCUUAAAAGGUGGACUGACUGGUCAGACAAACAGCCCUGUUGCUGCUGCUGCCACUGACAAGACCACGUCCACUGACCCCAAAUCCAGCCCCUUCUCACCAAGAAGAGUAACGACUUUCCCACGGCCCCUGGCUUCAAAGACACUACAUCCAGUGGAGCCUGAAGAGCAGUUUGAACCAGUUGAGCCUGUUGGAAAGUUUAGCGAUGAACUUUCAGAUGCUGCCAAUAGUUGUGGUAGUAAUGUUAGUAGUAGAAGUUGUACCAGUAAUGUCAUUAGCUCACAAAAUCAAAAUGCCUCGAGUCUAGCUCCCUCUGCAGCCAGAUCUUCUGCCUUGUUGUCGCUGUCUCCACCGUGUAGCGUUGAAACUUCAAGAGAAGAUGUUGGAACCACAGGGAAGUUAGAUGACAGUAUAGGAGCUUCAGGAGAGAAAAAAGUGAAUUCUGAGACAUUAGGAACUCCACAUAGGGGUAUGUUUCCUUUGAGAGGGAGCCCACAGUUCCUCGGAGGUGUCAGAGGAGGAGUGGGAGGUAACGGUACUGGAGGAAGGCCCUCUCCUGCCAGCAGGCUGGGUUUUGUUGAUAGGAAGUGGUUAGAGAGGUGUCAGGUGUUUGGGGAGAUGGGGGCAGCGGAGACGCCUGGGGCAGGUAACCAGGAGAUAGACAAAAAAAUAGAGAGAAAAACAGAAGGAGAAAUACAGGGGGGUGAAAGAGUAGCAAAAGGAGAAAUAGAGACAGGGGGAGAAAGAAGAGAAACAAUAGACAUGGGGAGAGAUGAAGGCUUUAAGGGUAUUCCCAGUGACACAAUGUGCAGUGAUAGUGCACCAAAACCUCCCCGAAAACCCACUAGAAAAAACAAAGGGAAGGGAGGUGAGGAGUUGCAAGGAGGGCAGGCGCCACCUCCAACACCAGAGGGUGAUGGUGAGACUAGUCCCAAGCCCAAAGGUACAAAGAAGAGAGGGAGGAAGAGGCAGAGAGAGGGAGAGGACAUGGAGGGAGAGAUGACACAGGAGGGAGGAGUGAAAAAGAAGAGGAGGAAUGGCAAAAAGAAAGAGGAGAGCUCCGGGUUGAACUCUGGCCCGGCUCGAGGAGAAGGGAAGAAAAGGAGAACCAAGAAAAAUGGAGAGGAAGAUGGAGAGGGAGGAGAGGAGAAACAAAGCAAGGUACCAAAAAAGGUGCCUCAGGAGAACCUGUUAGGAGAAAUAGAGGAGGAAUUUGUGACUAAGAGAAUGUAUCACACUCAGCCUGUCAGAGCCAGCAUGAAAGGUGCAGAGGGUAACUUUGUGAAGAUAAAUCUGAAGAAGAAAUCUCAUGUCAAAGGAUAUGCACUCAGAGGGGUAGCUCUCCGCAAACAGUUGUACAUGCAGAAAUUCCAGCUGAAAGGCGAGCGUUUUGGUGGAGGUGCUGGAUAUUUUGGCAGAGGAAGGAGAGGAGGCUUCAGAGGGGGGCUCAGUCGCCAGGGUGACACCUGCUACAAGUGUGGAGGGACUGGACACUGGGCCAUCGACUGCAAGGGACGAGCCCCCCCUCCUCCUGUUCCUGAGGAGCAACCUGUUGAAGAGGAGCCCUUUGAGCUGCCAACUCUGGAGGAGGUUGCCAGGGCAACGGGAACACUGCGACCUCAGCCGCUCGUGUCUUCUCCCAGCGUCAACGAGGAGCAGCACCAAGAAAAUGAAGCGGAUCAUAAGCAUCAAGAUGAGGUGUUGUUGAAUGUGAUUCGUCCUGACUAUGAGCGGCCCGCUCCUCCCCCACCAAUGGCACCACUGUAUGAUCUCACAGAUGAUGGAAAAGUCCAGGCAACACCCGCUGAUGUGUAUGCAGCUCUGCAAGACCUCGGCUAUAAGUCAUUUAGACCAGGACAGGAGGAGGCCAUCAUGAGGAUCCUGUCAGGUCUCUCUACCCUCGUAGUGUUGUCAACAGGGAUGGGUAAAUCGUUGUGCUAUCAGCUUCCAGCCUACCUGUAUGCUCAGAGGUCAAAGUGCAUCACACUGGUCAUUUCACCUCUUGUCUCACUGAUGGAUGAUCAGCUGUCUGGCCUGCCAGCCAAGCUGAAGGCAGCCUGUAUCCACUCCAACAUGACGAUGAAACAGAGAGAAGCUGCGAUAGAAAAGGUGAAGUCAGGCCAGGUGUGUGUGUUGCUGCUCUCUCCAGAGGCUUUGGUUGGUGGAGGUGGCUCAGGAGCAGGGUGUCUGCCCUCCGCUCAGGAGCUCCCUCCUGUGGCCUUCGCUUGUAUCGACGAAGCUCAUUGUGUCUCUGAGUGGUCACACAACUUCAGACCCUGUUACCUGAGGCUCUGUAAGGUGCUAAGGGAGCGUUUGGGAGUGCAGUGCUUACUGGGACUUACUGCUACGGCCACACUGUCUACUGCUCUGGACAUCGCUCAGCAUCUGGACAUCACUGAUCAAGAUGGCAUUGCAGUCAGAUCUGCAGCAGUUCCUCCUAACCUGCGUCUGUCUGUGUCCAUGGAUAGAGAGAAGGAUCAGGCUUUGGUGUCCUUGUUGAGAGGUGAUCGUUUUGGUUGUCUGGACUCCGUCAUUGUCUACUGCACCAGAAGAGAGGAGACCACUCGUGUGGCAGCUCUCCUCAGGACCUGCCUGCAGGGAGUGCUGGUUAAAGAAAACAAGCAAAUCAGCAGCAGCAGCCAGACACAAAACAACCCUGUAGGACAGAGAAAGAAAGAGCUGGCAAGGAAGAAGAUUCGUAAACCACUGAAAUGGCAGGCUGAGUCGUACCAUGCCGGCCUCUCGGCAUCAGAGCGCCGUCGUGUCCAGAACAACUUCAUGUGCGGGGAGCUUAGAAUAGUGGUGGCCACUGUGGCGUUUGGCAUGGGCCUCGAUAAAUCUGACGUCCGUGGUAUCAUCCACUACAACAUGCCAAAGAGCUUCGAGAGCUACGUUCAGGAGAUUGGGAGGGCAGGGAGAGACGGAGAACCGGCCCACUGUCACCUCUUCCUGGACCCUGAGGGUGGAGACCUCCAUGAGCUCCGUCGUCAUAUCUAUGCAGACACAGUGGACUACUACACAGUAAAGAGGCUGGUGCAGAAAGUUUUCCCUCCAUGCAAAUGUAAACGGAUACACCAGAAACAACAGGAACUCAUCAAGGACGUUGAAGACGCUGAGCUGUUGGAGAUGAUGGAUGCGUGUGAUCAGGAGAGCAACCUUAACCCUCCUAGUCACCCUAAUCCAGAAUCUGCUGAUGCACAGGAGUCGUCACAUCCUGAUUCAGUGGAGUUACCUGUCCAAGAAGGCAGCGAUGAAAGAAAGGAGGAGGAGGAGAAGAAAGAGGAGCAGGUUGUAAAAGAUGAGGGAGCUGAUGGUUUGGUGAAAAACCAGGAUGUGGAGGUGAAGGCGGCCGGUGAUUCGCCGAGGGAUUACGAAAGAGAGAGCAAAGAUUGGCCCAGAGAGCGAGUGUGUCACACGCACGAGAGAGCGAUUCCCAUCCAGCAGACUGUCGAGGCUCUGGAUAUCACAGAGGAAGGAGUGGAAACAUUGCUGUGCUAUCUGGAGCUGCAUCCUCAGCGCUUCGUCGAACUUCUGCACCCCACCAUGUCUGUGUGUAAAGUCAGCUGCUAUGAUGGACCGAGGCAGCUCCAGAAAAUCAUGAAAAUCUGUCCUCCUGUUGCUGUGGUUCUGGCCCGAAGGCGGAUGGCGGGCGAGCGAGUGGAGACGUGUGAUCAGCUGGAGUUUGAUGUUGUCGAGGUUGCGGACACUAUGGGGUGGCAGCUUCCUCUUGUGAAGAGAGGACUCAGACAGCUGCAGUGGAGCACUGAUAGAGGUUUGUUUACGACUGGCGGGCGUAGCGGCAUCCUCGUUGAAUUCUCCUCCCCAUCCUUCUACUUCCGCUCCUAUGGAGACCUUAGCGAUGAGGAGAUGGACAGAGUUUGUCAGUUCCUCCAUAAUCGCGUGCAGGACCAAGAGAGAACACAGCUCUACCAGCUGACCACCUGUUUUAAGUCCUUCAAGAGUGUUGCUUUUCAAAGCGUUUUGUCCUGCGUUGAUGAUUUGGAUGUGAGCCGCAGUCUGCAGCUGAAAAACCUUCUCUCUGAGUACUUUGACAAGAGGCGAGACCGAGCCCACACACUCAGACCAGUGGACAUUGAGGAGCUCGACAAGUAUAAGCUGCUGGACUGGGAAAGCCAGAUCAGAGCGGACAUCAGAAGUUUUCUAUCCAACCGCAGUGAUGAGAAAUUUUCUGGAAGAGCUGUUGCUAGAAUCCUCCAUGGCAUAGGCAGUCCGUGCUAUCCUGCUCAGACCUACGGCAGAGACAGACGCUACUGGAGGAAGUACAUCCAGUUUGACUUCAACCAGCUCAUCAGACUGGCCACUCAGGAGAUCAUUCACUUCAAGUGACCAACCAAACAUGCACACACGCAGAUCUGCACAUGCACACCACACUCACAUCCGUGGAUUUUUACCCAAAGCAGCGGAGGUCUGUUUGGAUAAAUUUUUUUUAAAUGUAACUUUUCUUCCGUCAUGUUGAAUCAUUUAACUUAAGCUGUUUUCUACAAUGUUAGGUUUUUGUAUUUGUGUUAAAAA